GCCAUACUUCCAAUACCCUUCUACUAUAGAGUCUGUGUGCAUUAUCCUAUUUUGUAUCCUGAUUGUCGUUAGCACUCCAUUUAGUUGAUAUACAAUAGCGCAGUAUGUAUAGCUCACUGUUGAAGGCAUUUAAUAGAACAAGUGUUCAAAGGUUGCGUAACACUCCAAACUUCAUCAGGGCUCACACUUUCCAUUCCUCAGCACCAGCCAUGUCGUUGAAAGUCGUGCUAGGCACUAUGACCUUUCCCUCUAAGGUCAGCUUGGAGGAAACUAAAGAGAUCUUAAACAACUUCAAAGCCAGUGGCGAAGAUUACGAUGAGGCCGAUACAGCCCUAAUAUAUGGAUCAGGAGAAGUAGAGAAAAUUCUGGGCAAGGCUGGCUUUGACGGGCUUGAGAUGGCUUGCAAGGCAAAUCCCAGUGAGGGUGGACUCUCGCGGGAGGUUGUGAAGGCGCAGCUGACGACGUCGCUUUCUAGUCUGCAAGCGCAGCAGUGCGACAUCUUCUAUCUGCACCAGCCAGACCAUUGUGUACCUAUUCUUGACACGUUGAAGGGUGUGGACGAUUGCCACCAGGCUGGCUUGUUCACGAGAUUUGGAUUAAGUAACUUUGCCGCUUGGGAGGUGGUCGAAAUAUAUUACUUGUGUAAGGCUCACGGCUUCAUACUGCCCUCUGUAUACCAGGGAAUGUACAAUUGUGUAACGCGGAUGAUAGAGCCAGAGCUUAUUCCUGCUUUACGCCACUUGGGCAUGAGCUUCUACGCGUACAAUCCUCUCGCCGGAGGAGUACUCACUGGACGUUAUAACAUUGACGAUAAUGUCCCCGGUGGUCGCUUCGAUAAGGAUACGCCGUGGGGUAGAAUUUACAGGCAGCGCUUCUGGUACCCCGAAUUUUUCAAGCAACUGGACCGGUACAGGGCUGAGUGUGAGAAGGCCAAUGUCACGCAAGCUGAUGCCGCUAUCCGAUGGGUCGUACAUCACUCUCAGCUCAAACGUGAACUCGGCGAUGCGAUCAUCAUUGGAGGCUCGUCUGCGCACCACAUACAGACCAAUCUAGACGCCUGUCGCAUGGGGCCUUUGCCGGCGAGUGUGUGCGAAAUAAUAGAUGAGAUGGAGAAGACCCUACGCCCAACAUGUCCACGAUAUAAUAGGUGAAGGAAGACUGUGCCAUGCUAUCUAUUCGAUCCCGGCAGUUCGGAUCAUUAGAAAUUUCUCUGAUUGUAUAAUAAAACUAAAGCGAAUUUUUGGUGCAUUCAAGCG